AGCGCGGGCCAGCAGACGCACAGGGCAGCUCGAGCGCUGCGGCAGACUCAUCUCGGAUCCGCUCGCCAAGCGGCAGUCUCGCGGACGCGAUGGACAACAUGUGCGAUGAAGACGCGCCGCAGUGGCCGCUCGAUUCGUCCGUCGACGGCACACCCGUGGACGGCAACGAAGCCGGGCUCAAGCCGCCUGAGUCCUUCGAUGAGCACGCGCUGGCUGUGCGCUCGACUCAGCCGGGACGUCAGCACGCGAUGCCUCAAGCCGAAGCGUCCGCAUCUGGCUCGCAGCUUGAUCAGCAUCACUCGUCGGUCCAGCCCGUCGCACGAGCAGCUCCCACGACGUCUCUGCCUGCUCCUUCGCUAUCAAAGCUGAGCGAUGAUGCGACUCGCGCUGCUGUCCUCGCCGCGACCUCCUUCCUUCCUAACGGCGCGUUCGGCAGCGAUGCAGCCACGGAUUCAUCGAGCGUGAUAGCGCCGCCCUUGCAUUCCACUCCUCUACGCCCUGUGGCCGUCCCGUCUGACGACGCAAACACACGCCGGAGCGCAGCAGGCUCGCCCAAAGUGCAAUCCGAGACAUCGACUGCUGCGCUGGGGCCGGCGACGGUGUCGUCUGCGAAGAAGCGUAAGGGCGCGGACGACAUCGACUGGCCGCCCGCCGCCGACCUGCUGGUGCUCAAGGCGUUCUACAACGAGCCGUCGCUGUGCUUUCAGUUCAUGCCGCGUAGCAAAGACGCCGCACAGGCUGUAGAUGCCACUGGCGGUAGCACCGGCUCGCACGAAUCGCAUCGCGACGCGGCACGGCGUCUUAUUCCUCAGAUCUUACCGGAGUAUCAAGACUACAAAGAGCUCGUGAUGCCUGAGAAGAGCCUGCACGCACGAGUCGGCAAGUACUGGCUUUCGGGCAACGCGCUGAGCCGCUGCCUCUUUGCACGCUACCUCAAGCUGGCGGAAAAGAUGAGCAGUCGCGAGCUGACGAUCGAAGAGAUUGAGCUUCUGAGCGUGACCGACGCACGACGCAUGACUUUUCUGGAGGAGCGUCGAGCGGCCACGCGAGCGGAGUCUUGGUUCGAGCUCUUCCAUGAGAUGUACAUAAAUCGCUACUCAAGUGACGCCGUGCAGCGCUACGGCGUGAAGGCUGCACGCACGUCUACCCCUGCUGUCGCUUCGAGGCAGGCCACGCCGCUUGCUGGUCCGUCCGGCUCGUCUGCGACGACUCAGACUCCAGCUUUUCCGGCGCAAAGGAAGAGACAGAGGAAGGCGACUCCAGCACCAUCAGCUCCGAUCGCGAACACCAGCGCCGCUACUCCCGCCGUCCCGGCGAGCGCCACCGCCACGGCUUCUGCUCAUGCACUCCCUGCCUCGGCACGCUCAACUGCCUCGGCUGGGUCCUCCGCAGGCCCCUUCUCCGGCCUGCAAUUUCCAAGCAUGGCACCGCCUCCACUGCGCGUGACGACAAGCGAACGGCCGCUAGCACAAGCCGCCGCGCUUCUCUCACAGCGAGCCGCGCUCGACACGCAAGUUGCCGCUCUUCUGCUGCAAGCCGACCGAGAGCACGCGCAGACGGAGCGUCAGCAUGCUCAGCAGCUCCGGUCGCUGCAGCAGCAGCUCACCGAGGCCCGACUGCAGCAGCCGUACGACCUGCAAGGACGUUUACAGCGUCUCGAAGCACAGCAGUCCUCACAAGUGUCUCCUUCCUUCUCAACCCUACCGAGCUUCGCAUCUUUCUCUCGUCGCGACUCGGACGGCGCCGAGGAUCAAACAUCGCCAGAGUCGAUUCGCUGGCACGGUGUUGGUGCGACGCUGCAGGGCGGGUCGCUGAAUGGCCAUGAGGGCCUGCAGCGGCGCAGCGCGACUUUCGACGAGGAUGCCGGCGUCUCCUUGGACGGCUCGCCCUCCGUCAGCGAGCAGGCAGCACCCGAACCUGCGACUGCUGCCGCAGCGUCUGCAGAUCAGAGAAUUGAGCAGUCUACAGCAUCUUCGUCGGCCGCUGUGGCUUCGAGCAAUGCGGACGCUGCCGCUGUCAUGUCGCGCGAAGCAUCCGCUGCCAUCUCCGAGCUGUCGUCAGUCGGCGACGCGUCCGACGUUCACACCGAACAGCCUGUGCUCUCGAACGCGCAGAGCAAAGAAGCAGGCGAUACCGCCCUUGCCGCUGCUUUGCCCGCCGUCAUCACUGGCUCGCCUGCGCCUCUGUCGCAGACCACUCAGAACACUAUCGCGAACGCUGCGCGCACGUCUGUCGGAAAGGCGUCAGCAAAGCGGUCCCGUGUGUCGAAUCAACGUAACCUCAUCAUAUCCUCCGACGAAGACUCAGACACGCCCUUACGGAAGACCAGUGUCGGCGUGUCGGGCAGCAGCGGUGCCGCGCCUGCCGCUUCGAGUCACGCACCAAGCGGUGCCGGCGUGUCGUCGAGCCGCGCAGCAAGCCUCAAGAGUCAGAGCAAGGACUCCGCACAGUCUGCGAGCGAGCAGCGCCGUCGCAAGAAGCGUCCUCGCGACCUCGACUGAAGUGCUCGAGCCCGUCCUCGCUCCUGAAGCAUCUCAAGUCCACGCCGCCUCCUUCCACGAUCGACUCUUCAUCGCGUCACCUGUCCUCGCC